UGGUCAAACAGGUCAAAGGCUGUCUUUUUCACUCUGCUUAUGCACGCCAUAUGCUACAGCUGCAUGAAAUGACACAUUUCAGGGUGGAGUCACAAAAAGAAGAGAUUAUAAGUUAUCUUCAAAAGAGGAGCUUAUGAGGAUGCUUAACAGCUGCAUAACCCAAACCCAACAGAACCACUCCUCCAAUGACACAGUGAUGAACUCCUCAGAGAAACUCCACACUCUUCUGAUAGUCCUAUACAUCAUCAACCUGGUUGGCGGCACCCUCGGGGUCAUCAUGAUGUCCCAGCAGUUGUUUCAAAGGAGAUCACAAUCUGUGAUGACCAUUAUGAUCAUCAGCCUCCUGGUGCUGCACAGCUUCAUGCUCCUCAGCAUACCCUUCCGCCUCAGCUACUACAUUCUGGGGGAGUGGAAAUUCGGGCGGUUCGCCUGCAGGCUGGCGAGCGCCAUCAUCUACCUGCACAUGUACGCCACCUUUGCCUUUUACGUGGCCAUCAUCAUAGCCCGCCUGCUCCACCUGGAGUUUCGGAAGUGCUGCACCGUGGCCUGGGUGGGGGCUGUCUGGCUGCUGGGAGCGCUGGUGGUCACACCCGUUCUCCUCUCCUACUAUGGCACCUCGAGGACGUACCGCUCCUCCGAGUGCUUCCAGUUCCACAGGGACCUGCAGCAGGCUCACAUGGUGAUCGCCAACUACUGCCUGGUUGGGAUUUUGGUGGUGGUGUGUGCUGCGCUCACCGCAAUCCAGCUGGCUGUGAUCUACAGAGUAGCCAUGAAAUACUGGCCUGACAUUAACUCUCACGUGGAAUUCAGGGCUCAGACAAAGAGUUUCUUCUUCAUCUUGGUAACAUUAGUCUGCUUUAUGCCUCAUCAUGUAUUCAGAGUAUAUUACAUCCAAAACUAUGACCUUGACAAAGACCACAAACUGCUCCUAUACAAUGAGGUAUUUUUAGCUUUAACAACAAUGUGCUGCCUGGAUAUGUUGUGUUUCAUAGCAGGAAUAGCCCACUGAACUGUGAGCUACCAAAAAGUCCAGCUGCAGUGUGUCAGUACUGGCUUUUGAGAGAAAACUGUGUUGGAAUUUUCCUGAGCUAGGAAGACUGGUGAGUUUAUGGCAUG